AUGGGUGGCUCCGCUGGGGCGACCAGAGUUAUUGGCAAAGGCCAGCGAAGACUAAUGACGAAAGGCAUCAAAAUGGGCAGCUGGGUGGCCGUGUCGUAUCGAGUGCCAAUCAAGCAAGAGAUUGACGAGAACGACACCGGUCAUUACGAAGGAAGGAUUAUAGAUAAAAGGAUUGGUGGCCAGGAUCGGGAGUCCUUCAUAGAGCUCAAGGACGUUUUGAAAGUGGACAUUGAUGGAAACAUCAUUGGAAAAGAAAAGAGCAAGCGACUCAUCGAUGCGUUCAUCGAAGACUGCAAGGCCGGUUGCAUACUAGAGGGCAAUGCAGAACCUCGAACCCUGAAAACCCUAAACCCUAAACCGUGUAUGCUAGCAAGCUGCUGUAGUUGUCCAGUUUAUGUGCUGGGUCUUGCUGGAAAAGACACUCUUUGCCAUGCCUGCGCUGCUGUGCGAUGCGCGUGUCUAAACCGUGUAUGCAGGGAGCGAGCGAUUCUGCGUGACUGCAGCGUACAUACAAUUUGGCCGUGCAGUGGGUGCAAAGGAUGGCGAGCCAGCCAUGGCAGACAGAGCAAGCCAGGGCAAAGCAUGAUGUGUUCCACAUGGUGCGCAUGA